AUGUUUGCCGCCGGCCGAGUGCACCUGCAGCAGCUCCAGUUCAUGAGCCACGCCGUCUUUGCGCAGCCCGAGAUGGCGUCGCUGCUGCGCAAGCUGCUUCGAUGCAUUCGCUACGUGCGCGCCUGCGUCGACAACGAUCUGCGCCAGCCCAACGGCAGCUCCGCGCGCACCAUGGCCGCCUGCGACGCCCUCGUUUGCGACGCUAUUGACGAGUUCGAGGCGCAAACCCGGCACAAGUGCCCCAGCGCCGCCUUCUUUGAGAACGAGCGCGACAAGCAGAUGGCGUGCGACCUUGCUGCCGUCGACGGUGUGUGCGUGGACACGGCCCACGAGCCAUUGCUGCGCGGCUGCAUUCGGGCGCUGCGAGCACUCGAGGAGACUCGCGAGUUCCACCGCAGCCUCCUCGCAGCACAAGAAGCCCUCGAGACGUACCCGAUCGCUACGUAUGCGUAUGGGUCCACGCCGUUUGCGACAUGGCGCGACCUCCUAACGCUGCCUGUCGUCGCUUCGACGCUCCGCCGCAUCCGCGCCGCGCCGCAUCCCGACGCCUGCACGGUCUUUGGCUCGUCGACUGGGAGUCUCGUGCUCUACACGGCCCUGCUCGCAGAUAUCCCUGUCCGCGGCGUCGAGAUUCUCACGUACCUUGUCGAGCAAGCGCGGGAACUCGCAUCAAGCGUACCCCAAGUGGCGUACGAAGCCUGCGAUAUGCUCACCGUGUCGCUUGGCCACACGCGCUUCUUGGUGCUGGCGUCGCAGUGUUGGGAUGCGGCACUCUGGGCCAAGCUCGCGCGCAAGCUCCUCGAGCUCACCUCGUGCAUCGUCCUCGACUACACCGACCGCCUCUCGCGCUGCAACGGCUUUCACCUCGCGGCCACCACACAGGGCAACGUCUCGUGGCAUGCGGGGCACACGUUCUACGUCUACGAGCGUCUUGUGCAGUAG